AGAGCGGCGGCGGCGGGUUUUCCCUCAGUGAGGCGGUGCCGGCAGGGCGGCGUAAAGAAACCUCGCUACGGUCUGCAGAUACGCUGUAAAAGACCCUACAGCCGUGGAAAGAGCAAAUUUACUAAACAUGGCUAAAUUGAGUAUCAAAGGACUCAUUGAGUCAGCUUUGAGCUUUGGUCGUACUCUGGAUUCUGACUACCCUCCUUUGCAGCAGUUCUUUGUUGUCAUGGAACACUGCCUGAAGCAUGGCCUUAAAGUAAGAAAAUCAUUUCUAAGUUACAAUAAAACUAUCUGGGGUCCUCUGGAACUUGUGGAGAAGUUAUAUCCAGAAGCUGAGGAAAUAGGUGCAAGUGUCAGAGAUUUGCCUGGCCUCAAAACACCCCUGGGCCGUGCCCGUGCCUGGUUACGGUUAGCACUAAUGCAAAAGAAAAUGGCUGACUAUCUUCGCUGCUUAAUCAUUCAGAGAGAUCUUCUCAGUGAAUUUUAUGAGUACCAUGCACUAAUGAUGGAGGAAGAAGGAGCAGUUAUUGUUGGGCUGUUAGUUGGGUUAAAUGUGAUAGAUGCUAACCUGUGUGUGAAGGGGGAAGACCUAGAUUCACAAGUUGGGGUGAUUGAUUUCUCUAUGUAUUUAAAGAGUGAUGAUGAGAUUGGAGGUAAAGAAAGAAAUGUCCAGAUUGCUGCAAUUUUGGACCAAAAAAAUUAUGUUGAAGAACUAAACAGACAACUAAAUAGCACAGUUAACAGUCUACAUGCAAGAGUUGAUUCGCUGGAGAAAUCAAACACUAAACUAAUUGAAGAGUUAGCAAUAGCCAAAAACAAUAUAAUUAAACUUCAGGAAGAAAACCAUCAAUUAAGAAGUGAAAAUACGCUUAUUUUAAUGAAAACACAGCAUCAUCUAGAGGUAACUAAAGUGGAUGUUGAAGCAGAGCUUCAGACAUACAAACACUCCAGACAGGGUUUAGAUGAAAUGUACAAUGAAGCACGUAGACAACUUAGAGAAGAAUCACAGCUUCGACAAGAUAUGGAGAAUGAGCUAAUGGUUCAAGUUAGUAUGAAACAUGAGAUAGAACUUGCCAUGAAGUUACUGGAGAAGGACAUCCAUGAGAAACAGGAUACUCUUAUAGGCCUUCGACAGCAGCUUGAUGAAGUUAAAGCAAUUAACAUGGAAAUGUACCAAAAACUGCAGGUUACUGAAGAUGCUAUGAAAGAAAAGAAUGAAAUAAUUAGUCGAUUAGAGGAUAAGACCAAUCAAAUUAAUGCAACUAUGAAACAACUAGAACAAAGAUUGCAGCAAACAGAGAAGGCUCAAGUGGAAGCUGAGAAUGAGGAUGAGAAACUUAAAGAGGAAUAUGUGAAUAAAUCUGAAAGACUGCAGAAAGAAUUCUCCCAGAAGGAGAAACAGCUGCUUCAGCUGGAAACAGAUUUGAAAAUAGAAAAAGAGUGGCGGCAAACCUUAGAAGAUGAUCUUCAAAAGGAAAAAGAAACUAUAUCUCAGCUCAGAAUAGAAACUCAAGAAAUAAUUAACCUUAAAAAAGAGUUCCUUAACCUUCAGGAGAAGAACAGACAACUGAAAAGGGUAUGUCAAGACCAAGAAGCAGCUCUUCAAGAACUGGCAUCUAAGCUUAGCGAAUCAAAGCUGAAAAUAGAAGAUAUAAAAGAAGCAAACAAAGUCUUGCAGGGACAGGUUUGGUUGAAGGACAAAGAAGCUACACACUGCAAAUUAUGUGAAAAGGAAUUUUCACUUUCCAAAAGGAAGCAUCAUUGUAGAAACUGUGGUGAGAUCUUCUGUAAUGCCUGCUCUGACAACGAACUGCCUCUGCCUUCCUCGCCAAAACCUGUUCGUGUCUGCGAUUCCUGCCAUGCGAUACUUAUACAGAGGUGCUCUUUUAACGUGCCAUAAAAAUCCUUUUACAAAAUGUUUAUCAACUUUUGCUAUUUAGCUAAUUCUGUUUAAAAAAUAAUAAUAAUAAAGAUGUAUACAGAACUAUUUCUGGAAUUUCAGGUAAACAAUCUAGAGUUGCGUUUUUCAAGGUACCAUAAAGGAGCUGCUUCCUGUUGAAACAAAUUGAGUAAAUGGGACUCAAACACCCUUUUGGCUCUGGCAAGGAUACCAUCCUGAAUUACUUCUUUGCUAUGCCUAGGAGACUGCUUAGGAAACGCAUAUGAUCUAGUUCUAAUAUGCGAAAUAUUUCAUAUUGAUGCUUUUCUUUAGCAAAUUCUUUGGUCAAAUUUAGGACAUGAGACACUGAGGAAAUGUUGGAAAGCAAUCUGUUCCUUUUCCUCCAAAACAUGCAGUCAGUAGGAUUGUAUUUGGAUGUAAAAGGUACAAAAGGUAGCAAAUUAUUAGUGUAGAUAACAUAAUGUAGAUAACAUAUAUGGAAACAAAGUAAUGUAGUAUUAAGUAUAUUUACACAGCUCUUGCUAUUAGCAACUCAUUUUGAAAUGGCUGAUUUUGUUUGGUUAUGUUUCUUAAAAAGGCAAUAUUAGCUUAUAUCAGCAAUUUCCAGUGAGGUCUGUGGGAAUUACAUAUGAAAUCAAUGGUAGCAUUUAAGCUUUGGGUAUUCUUAAAUGUAUAUUACCUUAAUGGAACAAAUCAAAAAAUGCUGCAAAAGUGCAACACCAGUAAUUUCAGAGUAGUGUUUUUCUUUUAAUAUUUAUAAUUAAAAUUUUCAGAAUUCCGAGAGAACUGGAAUAUCUUUGUUACAUUGAAAAAAUAGUACCUUUAGGAGGAUGAGUUACUCCUUUGAAAGAUGAGAUAUAUUAAUUUUGUUAGCUUGUAGUUACUGUGAGAAGGAAAAUAUUCCUUCGUUUCCUUUUCAUCGUUCAUUGGAAGAAAUAAAAUAUCUAAAACAUUUUAGCUUUGUAGUAUAUCUUCUAACAUUCCACUUUAUGUUUUAUGUUAUUUACUGAUAGCAUUAAUCCCAAGAUUUCAAAAAGGGAUAUAUCAAUUGUCUUGAAAGCAAGAAAGAAGCAGAAGCCUGCAUUGACUUUGAUAAGCAGCCUCUGGAGAGGGAAAAAAAAAAAAAAAAAAAAGGAUGAAUUUUGAGUUAUUUUGGCUUUCAGAUUCUUAGAAUGUAGUUGUUCUGUGUUUCCCUCAAGAUUUUCCCAAGAAAGUAAAAGAUGUGAAACUGUGCUCUUACAUUUGAGACUUAGGCAGACUUCUUUCUGAGAUCUGUUCUGAUCUUUCAGAUGGAGAACUUUCUUGAGUUCUGACUCCUACAUAUUUGUAUGUAUUCUUUUUGCAGUGACAGUGGUCUCAGUGUCUUAUGUACAGUUUUGUAAUUGUAAAACCCUCUAACUUUUUUGAAUUUAAUAGUGAAGUUUUUAUUCUGAUUUUAACUGGGAAUAGGUAGAGUUUUACAACGGUGACAAAAAAUACACCAGCUAACUCCUUUCUUCUCCCCCAUCACUUCAUCGUGUGGGAGCUUAAUCAAGAGAUAAGAUCUGAACAGUAUUGCUGUUAAAUUCAGAAAAUCUUUUUUUUCCAAAGCAGAAGUUUUACUUCACCGUCUGGAUUAGUAUAGUUGCACUGAUACUGAAGUAUUAAACUGUAGUUAUUACUGGAAUGUAUUGCUUAUUAGGAGAAGCAUUCUGAAUUUGUAGAUGUAGCUACAUUCAUCAGAGUAAGAGGUCCCUUAAAAUACAAACAGGAAAUGCCCUUUUCUUGCUGUAAAGCGACCCUUUGCAUCAACGUCAAACUAGAGUUUCCGCUGAGCUACAGCCCUUUCAGUUUCAGUCCACUCGCACAGUGAGGCCAUAAACCUCAGGGCAGGUAUAAAAGCUGUGCAUCAUUGCCUCUGGUUUAAGGAGAGAGUCAGAGCACCUUACCUCUCUCCCUGUCUGAACAGCAUGUCUAGGAAGAGACAGAAACUCGACAGUGACAGCAAGGUUUCUGUCAUUUGCAUCAUCGGAGACUGGCUGUGUCACAGAGAAGAAACAACAGCCUUGGCACUUAGGGGCCUUCUGUUAAUUUUGUGUGACACUGUUUGCCCAGAUUGUGUGCCGUGUACUUGGCAGAGCUAAAAAGCUGGCUCUGCAUUCGUGAGGGUAAACUUGAAGUGAAAUCUUCCAAACAGAAAUACGUACUUACUGAUUGAUUUGGUUACUGUUUUGAAUGCCACAGACACUGAUAAACUGUUCAUAUUUAAAUGAUGCACAGCACCAAAGAUCAAAAAUACAUGCAUUAAAAAUGCACAUGACUGUCAAUCCAGUAUGUGACUUCAGAAGCUCUUUUGGAGGAAGGGAGGGCAAUUUAUGAAGGAGAUUCAGUGUUAAUAUGUAUUUGAAGAAUGUCUUAGGCAUUAUGAUGAUCUUGAAGAAGAUGAUACUUAACUGCUUUUACAGGGUGGUCUACAACAAAUCAGACCUAAUUCUGCUGCAGAGUUUGCUUGUGAAUACACUAUUGUGAAGCUGAACUGUGGUAGCUGGUUUUAAAUUUAAAAAGGAAUAUCUGUGACUUAAGUUUAACACAAUUAAUCCAGGUUGUCCAGUAAGUGGUUCCUAAUUACAUUUGUUUCUACUUCCCCUCAUUUUCAAGAUUUGAUACAUCAGAAAUUAUUGUACUGACAGCUUUGUUUUCUAUACUCACAAGUGGAGGGAAAUUUUGUCAGGUAGGUAAGAAGUAGAUGGAAUCUAUUCCUAUCAAUAGAUGGAAUGUGUAUUUUUCUGAAUUAUUUUGUAAAAAUUACAAAUGUGCUUAUCCAGGUUUCCAUUAAGAGAAAGAUGUCCAUCAGAAAGUUGUUGCCUCACAGUGUCUGUAACCUCAAAUGUCUUUACAUUAUUUCCAUUUAUAUCGUAGGGUUUUUUUUGUUAAUUUUUUUUUGUUUGUUUUUUUUUAAUCUUGUAUGGGCAGUCACAGUAUGCUGAAAGUGUGGUUUCAGAAGCUGAGUGAUUUUGCUGCCAAGAGACACUAGGAUUGAAUACUAGGGACCACAGAUCCUUUCUCUGCUGCUUGUGUUGGACAGGAAGGUUCUUUUGUCACCUUCGUUUGUCACCAUCUUUCGUAAACUUAGAGUUCGUUCCUAAACUUCAUUUAUUCCCCUCCCCUGCGCACCGAGAGCUUUUGAGCAGGUAUGGGCUAGUUCCGACACAUCUCACCGCUCUUUUUCAUUGUUUCAUGGUAACUUCUGCUGGAACUUAAAUCCUUUGUCUUCCAGUAGAUAGAUAAAGAUACAUCCUUUAAUAAACUCUAUUUAGUAUUGACUUCAUUGCAUAGAACGAAUCUUCCUUGUUUUUAUAUCUGUUUUUAUUAGGUCCAAAAAUGGAACCUCCCUGCUUUAAGCUGUACCGUUUAAGAUUAAGCAGGAUUACCUACCCAAAUAGUUUCUUCAUCCAGGGAUUUGGAAAUGUUUACUAACAGGAGCAAGGUAGCAUUGAAGCAGAUCUUUUAACUAGGCUAUGUAAAUCAUUCUUGCACAUUGUUUAGCUUAGCUGUAUCAUUUGAGGGUAGUUACAUAGUUAAUAUUAUUAAACUAUCACAACUGCUCUUUUAACACAUAAAAAUGUAGUUGCUUAUGUAGCUUUUGUAAAGAAAAAUGUUUUUAAAAUUACGUAAUGUAACUUUUUGUAUAGUACAAACAUUUGUAAAUCUGUAAAUAAUUUUUGAAAAAAAUAAAUACCAUUGAUCUGCAACUUAA